GCCCGUCCCCGUCCCCGCCGCGCUCAGCGGCCAUUCAUUGUGCGACAGGCGCGCUCAGCCGAACGCCGCAUCACCCGGCGCGCCGCCCGCGCAUGCGCACCCGGCGCAGGCCUGACCAGCCGAGCGCCGAGCAGCUCCGCGACACCCUCCCUGCGCUCCCAUUGGAGAUAACGGCAGGGAGGAGGGCGACGCGCAAAGCCACGGGUGUCCCUGCCCCGCACGCGGGAUCAGCUAGGGGUCCCCCUCUGGGUGGCUAUGGGUGGGAUCAAGUCGGGGUCCUCCCCCCUUUCCUCAGGAUCCGGUUUCCCGGCCGCGUUUCGGGGCCGGCGGAGGUUUUAUGGCACUCGCGAGGCACCGUCGGCCGCGCGUCACGUGACCGCAUGCCGCCCGCCGCAAGAUGGCGGCGCCCAUCCGCAGCGGCUGCCUUCAGUGCCCUUCGCAGAGCCAGCUCGGGCCUCCCCCGCGGUCCCGCUGCCAUGGAUGGGGCCUCCCCCAACGGCUCUGGGCCUCCCCCGGGACCCGGGAGCCCCCCCGGGACUGGCGAGACGCUGAUCUCCGAGGGCCGAGCCACCAUCCUCUUCCCCAGUGCCAACGAGGUUUUCUACAACCCCGUGCAGGGCUUCAACCGCGACCUGACCUGCGCCGUCAUGACGGAGUUUGCUCGGCUCCAGCUGCAGCCAAAGGGGAUCCAGGUCGUCCUCCCCGGGGAGGAGAAGAUGGACACGGGGAACACGCAGCCACCAGAGGAUGGUGACACCGCACCAGCGCCCGAGGCCCCACAGACAGUGAAGCCUGGAGAAGCCUGCGAGGGAGGGCUGCGGGUGCUGGAGGCGCUGGCGGCCUCGGGGCUCCGCUCCAUCCGCUUCGCCAAGGAGGUGCCGGGGCUACGGGCCGUGGUGGCCAACGACUUCUCAGCCCGGGCGGUGGAGCUGAUGAACCGCAACGUGGCCUUCAACGGGGUGGGGGCCCUGGUGGCCCCCCGCAUGGCCGACGCCAGGAUGCUGAUGUACCAGUGCAAGGCAGACAGGGAGCCCUUUGACGUGAUCGAUCUGGACCCCUACGGCAGCCCCGCGCCCUUCCUGGAUGCCGCUGUGCAGGCUGUGAGCGAGGGAGGGCUGCUCUGUGUCACCUGCACAGACAUGGGCGUGAUGGCAGGCAACAGCGCCGAAACCUGUUACAGCAAAUACGGGGCCGUGUCCCUCAAGGGCAAGUUCUGCCACGAGAUGGCCCUCCGGAUCAUCCUGCACAGCCUGGACAGCCGUGCCAACUGCUACCAGCGCUUCAUCGUGCCGCUGCUCUCGGUCAGCGCCGACUUCUACAUCCGCGUCUUCGUGCGGGUCUUCACAGGGCAGGCGAAGGUGAAAGCCUCGGCCAGCAAGCAGGCUCUGGUGUACCACUGCGUGGGCUGCGGCACCCACCACCUCCAGCGCCUGGGCAAAGUCACGAGCCAUGGCACUGGCUUCAAGUACGGGGCAGCCACGGGGCCACCUGUGGGUCCCACCUGUGAGUACUGCCAGCAGCGGCACCAGCUGGGUGGUCCCAUGUGGGCUGAGCCCCUGCAUGACGUGGCCUUCGUGGAAAACGUGCUGGCAGCGCUGGAGAGCAGCCCCGGGCGCUUCCAGACAGAGGAGCGCAUGCGGGGGAUGCUCAGUGUCAUCACCGAGGAGCUCAGCGAUGUCCCGCUCUACUACACCCUGGACAGCCUCAGCAGCACCAUCCACUGCAACACCCCCUCGCUGCUGCAGUUCAGGUCUGCCCUCCUGCACGCUGGCUACCGUGUCUCGCUCUCCCACGCCUGCAAGAACGCUGUGAAGACGGAUGCGCCGCCUGGCGUGCUCUGGGACAUCAUGCGCUGCUGGGCCAAAAUCCACCCAGUGAAGCGCGAGCGGUUCGCAGAGACCAGCCCGGCUUCCCGCAUCCUCUCCGUGGAGCCCACGCUCCAAGCAUCCUUCACACUCCGCGACGAUGCCAACCCCAGCUCCAGAAAACGUGGCUUGAAGCGCUCCGGAAACCCUGAAGCUAUUUGGGGGCCCAAAGCCAGGGGCCAAGGCUGGGGUUGGCAUCUCUUCCUCCCUCCAGGAGAUGCGGAAGCGGCACCAAAACAAACGGACGAAGCGGACGGAGGACGGCACCAGCCUGAAAAGCUUCCCCUGCAAACGCUUCAGGGAGGGAAACUGCUCCUUGGGUGCCCGGUGCUGCUACUCACAUGAGGGGGAGCCCCCGGCCCGCCCCCAACCCUGAUGCUACGUCUCACCCCCAUUAAAUCAUGCCUGAGAAAA